CAUUCUAUGCUGAAAGCUUCUAAAUAUACAACCUUUCACAGUUUGUCUUCAGUUGAACUUUUGCACAGCACAGAAGAUUUUCACUGCGAUCAAAUUAGGUUCAAAGAUGGUUCAAAUUGGGUUCAAACAUUUUUUUCUCAGAAAGAAAUCAAAAAACCAAAACGUGGCAGAGAAGGAAAUUCCUUCUACGUCUCAGCACAGCGUCCCGGAGGCUUCUGUUGCUGCCACACCACCUAACCAUGAAAAUGGUAACAAGAAGAGGAAGAAAAGAAAAUGGAGACACUUCUUCUGCUGUUUCUCGGAAACUGACAGCGAUACAGAGGCAGAGCCCACCACUGUAAAGCCACAAACAAAGUCUCGCUGGUCUAUUUUCAAAUUCUGGAAGAGAAAAAGGCAGGUUGCUCCUGAAACAACAGUGGAACCUGAUAAAAAGAGUGACAAAUUAAAGAACAUGCAGCAUGACUGUACACCUGCCGAGUCAGCACCGUACAGUUCAGAGGACUCAGUACAGGUCAUUUGGCCCCAAGCAGGACAACCAGAAUGCCCCGAGGACAAAACUACAGACAAUCCCAGUUCCCACCAGGUUAAAAACACCACUGAAAAUGGUGAGCCAUCAGACCUGAGUUGGGACACUUUGAUUAUGGACUUUCUGGCACAAGAGCACGUACGGGAGCAGCUGUUUAACAUUCUAGUGAAACAUUUCAACAAUGGAAAAAUAACGGAAAAUCAAAUUCAGACUGUGGACCGCUUCGGGUUUCCAAACAUUGCAAACACCUGCUACAUGAACUCCUGCCUGCAGAGCCUCCUCAACACUGAGGAGUUCAUUAGAGACAUCAGCUGUCAGGAGAUUUUGUGGAGAGCAGUGCCAGAAGCUCGGCUCUUAAGAAGGCUCAUUGACAUCAGGGACUGUCAUAAUUCAAGAGAUUAUGGCCUUAAAAAACACCGCCUAAAAUCUUUUAAGGAGGCAUUCAGCAAACACGUUCCUGAAUACAAAGGCAGUGCACAGAAAGAUGCUCAUGAGUUCCUAACCUUUUUCCUCAAUGAGGUCAAAAGCCUUUCACCUCACCUGAAGAGGAAAGCAGCUCUCCUGGGCCGAAGUUAUACCUGCCCAGUAGAAGAUCAUCAUGUUUUCAAAAUGGAAAACAUGAGGACAUGCAAGAGCUGCGGUCACCAAUCAUCACACCAAGAGGAAUUCACUAGCUUGUCUCUUGACCUGGUUCCAGAGGGGUCUGUUGAGGACAUGUUAGAGACAUACUUGAAGGAACAAAAAAUUGAAUUUCUCUGUUAUUGUGGAGGGACGACCUCGGAAGUGAAGCCGUCUUUUGAUACACUGCCAAGAGUUCUCAUCUUGCACCUGAAGAGGUUUGGCUUCACAAAAACCAACAAGCUUCAGAAGGUGCAUGACCCCGUCUGGCUGCAGAGGGACUUGGUGGUGUCAUCCAAACAGGGUGGUGGCUGUUACAGUCUUGUCAGCAUCAUCAGUCACUAUGGAGGCACAGAAUCAGGACACUACAUCUGUAAUUCCGUGCAUCCUGAGGCGAGUCCGCAGGCUACAUCAGAUCCUUGGCUCACCUAUGAUGAUGCACGGGUGCUCCACACAACUGGAUCUGCAGUUUUUGAGGAACAGCAGCACUCUGCCUACAUCCUGUUUUACAAGAGAAACGAUGUGGAAGCAAGUUACAGCCAUCAUCAUGCUGAGAAGGAACAACCGUCGUCUCAGACCGCAGGUAAGUAUUGCCCUUAGGAGGAAGGGUCCACCCAGAGAGCCUGGUUCCUCCCAAGAUUUCUUCCUCCAGGAGGGAGUUUUUUCUUGCCACCGUCGCCCUACAUUCACUGGUCUCAUCAGCAGAGACAUUGUUAACCUUCUAAGACCUGGACUCUUUCAUGGCAUGCAUUUUUAAUUUCUCUGUGCCAUUUUGGGUUGAUUGGGACCUGAUGAAUGUAAAAACAAAGAAUUACCUGAG